AUGGAUCCAAAACCAUGGGUGAAUCUGUUUAAAGGUAGUUCUCUUCCUUCUAAAGGUAUUUCGUUGAAUUUUAUUGCUCCCACAGUGUGUGAUGGCACACCCAUAGCUGUACUUGAUAAGAAUGAACUUCAGAAAAUGAAUGAUCUGUGGGGGAAUGCAAUUGUCAUGUAUGUGGUUGGGGAGAAACCUUCUAUUGGUGUUGUAUUGAGAUUCAUUGAAAAAGAAUGGCAUCAAGUUAGUAAACCUCAGAUUUUCCUCCAUGAUGAGGGCUAUUUUGUGAUUAGAUUUCAGUCAAAGAAGGACAAGGAAUCAGUUCUAGUGGCUGGUCCACAUAUGUUCUUUGGCAAACCUAUGAUUGUGAAACCUUGGACAGCAAGUUUUAAUUUCCAGGAGGAAAUAUUGAGGGUAGUGCCAGUGUGGGUUAGAUUGCCUAAUUUGCCAUUGAGUUGUUGGGGGGCUGAUUUAUUGAGCAGAAUAGGGAGCUUGCUUGGAGAUCCACUAUUUGCUGAUGAUUGUACUUCUAAGCAGCAAAGAAUAUCCUUUGCUCGAAUACUCAUUAAGGUGGAUGUUACUGGUGACUUGCCUAAAUUUGUGCAGAUUCAGGAUCCUUUGAGUAACAUUGUUAAACAGGUGGUUGAGUAUGAGUGGCUACCACCAUACUUCCAGGACUGUCCUGAAGCAAAAGACACUGCUGAUUUGACCAGUGAAACUUAUGCACAAGAGAAUGAUGGAGAGAAUGAAGAGCUGUUUGUUAAUAAUAAACCUUUUACCCCACUUGCUCCAAUUCAUGAUGAAGGGUGGAGGGUUGUUUCAAGGAGAAGGAGAGAUAUAAGAACUCCAGCACAGACUGUGGGGCUUGCUGAGGUUCACAUGAGUGGGGGGGAUUUGGUUGUUGGUGGUGAUAGAGUGGACUUCUCAACUGAUCCAACAUGA